CGCCCCCGAUGCUCUCGCCCGCUGCAGACUUCGCUGAACCACGCCCCCCUCACCACACACAUCAGCAGUGGAAUACUCCAGAACCAGGAGAUGGAUGGGUUUGGAGUGCAGUAGGCCAAUGCAUAGUUGGACAGGUCCCACAUGGAAACGCAUACAGUUCUUUCACAUUUUUUUUCUGUUGCAUUGGAUCAUACCCUGGUACUGGAGCACUAGUGAACUAGUGCCGAUGGUAUUGGGAGGAUUGCUGGCCCUGGUAGUAUUCCAAACAUGACUGCAUACGAUUGGUGACACUGAUGGAGAGCUGGAUGAACUGUUUGAAGCCGAUGGAAUCAUUGAAGAUGCAGCCGCAACAUGGAUUUAAGUCCCUGCCAGUAGGCAGUGAGGAGCCAGUACGCAUACCAGCAGAUGGCAGCAGCAAGAGUUCUGAACUCAAUCAUUAAUAGACAUUUUUCCUUGGCAAAGAUGAUAUAAUUGAUCACCAACAGAAGUCUCCUAUGGGCUUGACAAAGACUUCAAGGAAGUGAUUGACAAAAUUAAUGUCAAUAAUAGUUAUUGAACCAGCCUGGGCACAGAUGGGCCUAACUGGUGAGUAUUCAGUUCAAAUAGGCUGAGUUGAGUGAAUAUGGCUCUAUAACAGAACUUUCCUUUUUGCAGGUGGAUGUAUAUAUUGGAUGCACACACCUCGUUCUUCCGUGGUGAGCUUGAAGGUAAUACUUUCCCAUAGGUUUGCAGACAGAAGGGAAGACACGCUGGAGAUAAUCGCUGGAAAACAGGUAAUUAAUCCACUUUGCACAAAUGAGACCGGACAACAUAUUAUUGUAAGUUGGGGACACUUAAUAUUCAACAUUAUUAUUGAUCUGACUGCACUGACAUUAUUGUAUGAGACCUGAACUGAGCUGGACGACGACAUCACCAUUUUCUCCAGAGCUGCUGUAUUGAUGAAAUUAACUAAAUUAAUAACCAAUGAUUUUUACAACUUAACUGAAUCAACUAAUUAAGAUGAACAAUGAUGUAUAAUUUUCCUGUUAUCAUUGUAAAGCUGCUUUGAAACAAUCUGUAUAGUAAAAAGCGCUACAUAAAUAAAGAUGACUUGACUUAAUAUGUACCUUUAAGGUAUUAAUAUGAACUCCUAACAUUUUAAUAAAAACAAAUACUUUUUUAAUCCGUUAAGAACAGUUAAAAUCUUAAGGGCUAGAUGAACUAUAACAUUAUAUCAUAUGCAAAUGCUAUGUGUAAACUAGGAGGGUCAAACUCUGUUGUGGGAGGAGUCACAGAACACUUCAACAGUUCUGCUGUUAGAUCAGAUGCUAAACUGCUGAAGAAAAUGUUUCACGUGUUUCUUAUGUUCUGUUUGUGCUGCUGGAGUCUCACUGGUGUGUUUGGUGAAUCAGUGUCAGUGAUGGAGGGAGAUUCUGUCACUUUAUACAUUGAUGAUACUGAAAUACAUGAAGACGACUACAUACUGUGUAAAUAUGGAGCUAAAAAAUCUCAAGUAGGUAAAUUUAAAAAAAAGAACCAAAUCUUCAUCACAUAUAACAGUACUGAUGAGAGAUUCAGAGACAGACUGAAGCUGGACAAUCAAACUAGAUCUCUGACCAUCACAAACAUCACAACUCAACACACUGGAGUUUAUGAACUAGAGAUAAGUGGAAGAAAUCACAGAAUAAAAACAUUCAGUGUUUCUGUCUAUGCUCGUCUGCCUGUUCCUGUCAUAAGCAAUAACUCUUUACAAUGUUCAUCAUCAUCAUCAAAUUGUUCAAUGGUGUGUUCAGUGGUGAAUGUGGGUCAUGUGACUCUCUCCUGGUACAAAGGAAACAGUUUAUUGUCCAGCAUCAGUGUGUCUGAUCUCAGCAUCAGUCUCUCUCUACCUCUGGAGGUGGAAUAUCAGGAUAACAACACCUACAGCUGUGUGCUCAACAAUCCCAUCAGCAACCAGACCACACAUCUGGACAUCAAUCUCUGUCAGACAUGUGCAGUUCCUCCAGUCUCUUUGAUAGUGCUGAUCUCUUCUGGAUCGCUGUUGAUUGUAGCAGUAGUCGUGAUCUUCUGCCUCUGCAGUAAACAUAGAAAAAUUGAUAAAGAAGCUGAGACUUGUGAAGUAGAGAUCACUUACGCUGAGACAACAUUCUACAGAAGAAACACACAUAAAUCGAAAGCUGAAGAGGAGAGUCAUGUGGAAUAUGCACCAAUCAAAAUCAGAAGAUGAUUAAACUUUGAUGCUGUUCUAAAUACAAGACACUUAUUGUUUGAUCAUUUUCAUUGGGAACCUCCUGCAACGCCUUCAGAC